UAAGUUACCCAUGAUCCUCCGCAGUCUGCGGCUCAUUCAAAAAUGGAGGAGGAUGAGAGAGAGUCAGAAAGUGAGCGCCGUUCACCACCUUCCCAAACAUCUGACCAGCAAACAACCACCGAGACCUCCAGACAAAAACUAGAAACCGACGAAGAUGAUAUCGAAACUAAGCUGGACAUCAGCUCGGAUAGGUUUGACCCUCUGCUCGCUCUGUAUUCCCCACAGGUGCCACUGCCUUACCCCAACAUCAAGUGCUUUAAUAACAUCGCAGAAUACGAGAGCUUCAUGAAAGGCGGUCGAGGCCGAGCGAAACCCGAAAAUGUGGAGAAAAGACUCCGAAAAGCACAGAAGGGUAAAGCAGACCCAGAGAGGAUAGAAAGGCUGAAAAGACUCAUGGUAAACAACCCGGUUGAGGAGGAGGGAGAGGGAAGCGGAGUCAAGAGACCGCCUCGACAGCGAAAAGCGGCUAAAAAUGUGCUUACCAGAAUGCCACUGCACACAGGCAGUCCAUUAGGAGAGCUGAACAGAUGUGUUCAGGAGAAAAUCAGAGUCAAGGUUCACAUCCGGACCUUUAAAGGGCUCCGAGGAGUGUGUUCUGGCUUUGUGGUGGCAUUUGAUAAGUUUUGGAACCUGGCAAUGGUGGAUGUGGAUGAAACGUACAGGGAGCCACUUCUGGGACAAGCUCUUUAUCACGAGAAAGCACUUACGGUCACAAGGCUAUUUGAAAAAUUAAAAGUUCAAGAGACCGUGGCUCUCAGCGCGGUUGAGAAUCAGAAGUCAGAGCUACACAGCAGUUCAUCUCAUCUAACACACCAAACCAGGAGAACCGACCCCAAACACACCCAGGAGAGAUCUGAACACUCGGAGAAAGACAAGACCACAUUAAAAGUGACACAAAAAAUUGCAACCAAGCCUAAAGUGGAGUAUGGAAGAGUGCACACACGUCAUGUCAAUCAGCUUUUUAUACGAGGAGAAAACAUUCUUCUUGUGAACAUACAGCGGGAAUAAAGAAUAUGAAAUGUUAA